UGUAAGGUUUGGCGCAUCAGCUGUUCGUGUCAAGAAUGUAAACAAAACAUUCAGUGAAAGAUUUGUGCAAAUAAAUGGAAAAUACUCAAAAUCCCUUCAUCAAUUCAACUGGAGACAUAUCCUGCAUCGAUGACACGGAUUCCAUAUUGCCUUUGGUGGAGUCGCACGACAGAGCGGGAGGUUUUUGUGAUGACCAGCAGCGUCUCAGCUGCACUCACAUAUUCCCACGGGAUGGCCAAUCAUCUGACUUGCUGCCCAACAUCUUUGUGCAGAUCCCAAUGCAGCGCAUGGGCGGAUAUCAGAGUCAGAUCAAGGCUGAAGAGUCCAUCAAGUCGGAGGUGAUGGAGUUGGGCCUCCGGAAGGCGCAAUCGCCCUUUCUGCUGGGCAAUGAGGAACUCGUGACGGCACGCGUGAAGCCCACGAAGAUCCACAAGUGCAAGCACUGUCCAUUCAUUACGAUUUCGCCCACAAACUUGACAUCUCACGCUGAAAAUCACCUCGAAGAGACGCCACAAAUAUCCUGUCCGGGUUGUGUCAAUACAUUCCGUACCAAGAAAAGCCUGGAGGUUCAUCUGCUGCGUGAUCAUCAGAUUCUGGAAUCUGAACUGGAGGCAAUGGUGGAAUUUACUGGUGUCGCAACGAAAUCCCCGCCGAAUUCCAACAGAUCUACACCAAAGACGCGACCGAAUUGUUCGAGGAUUUUCAUAAAGAGUGUCGACGUGCUGAGGAAUCCCGUGGAAGAGAACUUCAUGCAGGAGAAUCACAACAGAAUAAACUUCCUCAAUGACAUAAUGCAACAGCCCGAACAGCCCGGAACAGUGUCGACUCCUGGCAAUGCGGGAAUCUUCGGGAGUGACUGCACUCCGUCUCCUGACAUUGACAGAGGAGAUUUGAUAGUGAUUACGCCAACUAGUAUGUCAGAAUCCGUGCAUAGCAACACUGCUGACCAGAUUGAAAUUGUGCAGGAGCAUUCUGGCAAGAUGUUCAUGCGAGGUGCCGAGAAUAAUGGUCAGAAUAGUGCUUUUCUGCACCUCCGGACGGUCGAUGAGUUGAAUCUGAUGAACUUGGAGGAUGUGCAGAACAUCAAUCGACAAAAUAACAUGUCCAAUGACAAUUCUAAGCAUUCCAGCGAUGAAGUUGUUAUCUUAGACGAUGCUCACAUCCCAGGAAAUCUGUUCAGCAUGGCUUCAGUGGCGGAUUCCGGAGAGAAUAGAGACAAUGCCUUAUCCUCAACACUUCAGGGUCUCCAGGAGAUCAUGGCGAGUUAUGCGAUGAAUGAAAAAGAUCCUGGAAAGAUUGACGAUAGCAACAGCUUCAAGAACUUCCUAUCUAUGAAUGGAGACAAUGUGCAUGUGGAGCAGCAGAGUGACUUUGGAAACUUCCAGGCUCUUGAGAAUAUUAUUGACGGCACGAAUUACUUCAGCCAGCAGCCGUGCUUCUGUGUGAGUGAAGACGCCUUUUCCGGUGCGAUACCUGAGCAGGAAAUGCCGAGAGAUGUGCUUUUGCCCAUUGCAGACAACAGUGCAGAGAUCAACACUCCCACGCAUUCUGUGCAGAUUCCGUCACCUGUGGAGGCUUCAGCAGAGGAUACAAAGGCCUUGGGAAGAAUUUACGUGGUGAAAAACCUCUUGGAAGAAUCUAGUGCCAAAGAGAAGAAGCCCAAGAAGGCGGCGAAGAACAUUGGGAGACCAAAAGGGGCGAGAAAGACAGGAAUAACCGAGCUGAAGAAGCUGUACAGCAACAUAACAUCGGAUGAAAUAGGCACAAAGUGCGACCAGGAGGAUUGCGCAAUCAGAUUCAGGAGUCCGAGCAAUCUGAGUUACCACAGACAAUGUCAUAGCAACGAGAAUUGCGGCAUUAUCUGUCCGGAGUGCAAGAAUACGGACUUCAGGAAUUGGAACACUCUGCACACGCACUUGUGGCGCGAGCAUCAGAUCGACAUGGAGUUGUACAGCUGUGAGAUUUGUAACUUCAAGACACCUGUGUUGUCGCGCCUGAAGAACACCCACGUGAAGAUCCACUCGGAGGAGAGGAACUUCAAGUGCGAGCUGUGCGAGAAGGCCUUCAAGAACACGAAGCAGCUGAAGAACCAUCGCAGAAUUCAUCGCAGUGCCGCAGAGCAUCUUCCGGUGAAGAAGUGCGACUUCUGCCCAGCGACUGUGGUGGCUGGGAAGCAGUACAAGAAGCACUUAAGGGCAGAACACGGCUGUCCAGGUGGACACACUUGCGGAGUGUGCGGCAAAAAUAUGAACUCCAUGGCAGCAUUGAAGAUCCACGAGAAGAAGCACGCAGACGGUGGGAAGUUCUCAUGUCCAGACUGUGAUUACACUACGCAUGAUCACAACGCGGCCAGGAGGCACAGGAUGAAGCAUGGCAAAGAGAAGCAGUACAAGUGCCCUUUCUGCGGCUACAAGAGCAUCCAGAGUACUACAUAUAGGAAUCACUUGGUCAGGAUUCAUCCAGCGCAGGCUGACGAGGUGAUCUUCAAAUGCACAAAAUGCUCCUUCGAGACUAUCAAUCGCACUAAGCAUCGCCUUCACGUGGCCAAGCACGAAACGGCUCAAGAGAUCGAAGAAGAAGAUAUCCUGGAGAUCCUGUCGGACGCCACUGAGCCCUCUGCGACGCCACCACUGGCGAAACACAACAAAAUCAAGGUGAAGAGCAAUCUGGUGCUGAGAGAUCCCUCGAAGUUCAUCAACACCAACAAUCUUCUGCUGCAGAACCUGCAACCACAUCAAAUGCUGCCCACGCCUCCUGCGGAGCAUCUGCCGCUCAUCCGCCCAGCGCUGUUCUCCAAAACCUUCCCCGAGGGCGAUGGCAUGAAGCAGGUGCAGCUGACGGAUCGCCUGGACACUCCUGCGCAGUGCAAUUCGCCUCAGUAUCCCAACAUCGAUCUAACAUGA